GAGUUAUAUGAAAAAGUCGGAAGUCGUGAAGAAAGAUAACUUUUGACGCCUUUUAAAACUCCAACUCGUCCAUAUUUUUAUAUUUCACCUUCUGAAUGGGGAAAAAGAAUAGAAAGCCUGUCUCACAGGCACAGUCUUCAGGAGUUCCAUGUCUUGACAGAAGUACAAAAAAAGAUAUUUUAGAAUUAUGCAACCAGCUUCUAGAAAAGUGCACUCGUUCGAAUGGUGCUGGACCCAAAGAUUGGGAUGAGUUUAUGGAGAUAUUUAACUUAGUUGAAAAAAUCCGUGAAAAACAAAAACAUUUGGUUAGUGUUAGUCAAAAGACAAGUCGAGAGUGGAGCUCAUUUCUACAAUGGCUUCAAGAAAACAAUGUAGAUACUUCUCGUGUGACAACAGACGAAUUUCCUGUCUACGGGUUUGGGUUGAGAGCAACUCAGAAUCUAAAAGAAGGGGAUCUGUUUUUAUCCGUUCCACGAAAAUUGAUGAUCAGUACAGAGACAGCAAGCCGAUCGCAAAUUGGUUUCCUGAUUGAAGAGGAUAAAUUACUUCAGAGUAUGCCUAAUGUUGUACUUGCUAUUCAUUUGUUGAGUGAAUCCAAGAAUUCGGAUUCAUUCUGGUAUCCAUACAUCAGCUGCUUGCCUAAAAACUACAAUACGACACUAUAUUUUAAUCCUGAAGAACUUAAACUGUUGAAAGGUUCUCCUGUGUUGACAGAAGCAUUUAAUCACUACCAAAGAAUCGCCCGUCAGUAUGCCUAUUUCUACAAACUUUUUCAAAACAACCAUUAUGCACAAAAAUUUCCAUUGCGGGAGGGUUUCACUUACGAUGAUUACAGAUGGGCAGUGAGUACAGUAAUGACACGGCAGAAUCAAAUUCCUUCAUCUAAUGGAAAUCAGAUGAUAAAUGCUUUGAUACCUUUUUGGGAUAUGUGCAAUCACUGUAAUGGGCAGUUGUCAACAGAUUUUGAUUUGGUUGAAAAUUGUGGAAAAUGUUAUGCUAUGGUAAAUUUUCAAAAAGAAGAGCAGAUUUUUAUUUUUUAUGGCCCUCGUUCAAAUUCAGAAUUACUAAUACACAAUGGUUUUGUUUAUAUGGAGAAUUUAUUUGAUACCCUUACCAUUAAAUUAGGCAUCAGUAAAAGUGAUCCAUUGUAUGCUCUUAAAAGUGAGGUGUUAGCUCGGCUAUCAAUGUUGCCUUCCAAAAGCUUCCAAUUGAAUGCAGGAUCUAAGCCUGUCUCCAGGGAAUUGUUAUCUUUCUUACGUGUCAUCUGCAUGAAUCAAGAAAAUCUCCAGGAAAGAUUUACCGGAGAAAAUGCUGCCGAUUUGCUGUCUCAGAUGGGCAAUGAAGAAGUUAUAGUUUCUCAAGAAAAUGAAAUGAAAGUGUGGCAAUUCAUUGCCACCAGGGUUCAAUUAUUGCUUAAAACUUACACUACAUCCCUUGAAACGGAUGAACACUUAGAUAACAACGAAUUGAGUGAAAGGGCAAAGCUUUCACUCCAGAUGGUCAUGUGUGAGAAAAGGAUUCUGAAUAGCACUUUGGAUUAUGCUAAAAGUAAAAAGCUAAGUUUAUCAACAGCUGAAUAAAUCUCCAAUUUUUUGUUUUUUAAUUGGGAGUGCAGGGACGAAAAUAUAUUUUUAUCAAAGCCUUACAUUACAUUUUUAUGCUUUUGGAAUUUCUUACUAAAGCAGAAUUUUACUGAAUCUUCAACUUUACUGUUUACAUCCAAUUCUCAAUGCUAGCAUUUGUAGGAUCAUUUUUAUAGAUUCAGUCAUUUGCAUAUUGAUGCAACUAGCAUUUCUACAGUUAAGUGGCCCCUCAACCUAUCUUCAACUAAUCAGUGUAGGUGUUCCAACCAUAAUAUUUACAUGUGCAUACAUGCAAUUUCUCUUGGGAUUUAACAAUUGUAUAGCAGCAACUUAUAACUACCUGCACUUCUGACUAUUAUAUUCAGGAUGCACACAUAUCACAACUACCUUCAAAGCCCCUAAAAAUUUACUUUACCAAAAAUGUCAUGCAAAAGGAAGAUCUUUCAUUUACCAGUAUGAGCCAGUAUAUAGUUGUUGCAGUGGUAGGAGUAAAUGUUAUGAUAUGAUUUACAGGUGUUUCAUUCAAUAAUUUCCCUUAUUAUUAUUAAAGACAAGGAAAGGGUUUUAAAUACAGCAAAUAUAAUAAAGAAACAAUACGGACUUGUCAACAAAAUGAAGGAAUUAUUGGUGCUCUGGAUUAAAGACAGUAUAUACCCAAAAGCCUUACUAACAAAUCAUAGUAAGGCACUAAGUAUUUUUGAAGCUUUAAAGGAAUGAAUGAGAAAGGAAUACAAAGAAGACUUUCAAGUCAGCAAUGAUUUACAGAAAAAAAUACAAAGAAAGAAAGACUUUCCAUAAUGUUCAAAUAACAGGAGAAGCUGAUGUUUAUUAAAUCUUUGAAUUAAUUCACCUAAAUAGAGGAAUUUUAGUAGGACAAAUUUUCAGUAUGAUUGAAACUGGCUUAUAUUAGAAGAGGAUCCCUGAUUGAACAUAUAUACACAAAGAGCAAAAAAUCAUACCUGGAUUUAAGACAUUCUGUUACUAGAAGGGAAUGUAGCUACAAACUUAAAAACUUUUCCUAAUCUACCAUUCUGUAAAGUGGUGUGCAUUUAAAAAUAUAAAAAAUAUACUGCCUCUCCACUAUUAGUCAAACAAGUAAGCUUUGAAGACUGGUUUUCAAAAUAUUUUAUUCCAAAUGUAUAAGAAUGUUGCAUUGAAAAAGAAAUCUUAUUCGAGAUUAUAUUAACUUGCAACAAUACACCUGAACUUCUGCCUCAUUUACCAAUUCUGUCCUUCAACAGAUAAAGUCAGGGCUAACAACAGCAUUCAAUCCACAUUUGCCCAAGCUAUUGCAAGAUGGCAAGAUUUGAGAGAGUACUAAAAAGUUAUAACAUUCUUCAUUACACACAAAAUAUUGCAACAGCAUGGAAGAGUGUAAGUUUAAAGAUAUAAAAGUAAAUGGAAACAAUAUCUCAAAUGCUGCAUUCACUGGUUUUGAUGAAGAGCUGGGUGGAAUUAAAGAAAACAUUGUGAAAUUGGCCAAACAGUUCAGUUAGAAGUAGAGUUAGAGUAUGGAUCCAAAGAGCUGUCCAACAAGGAUUUCAUUGAAUUAGGAGCUGAGAGAAUUAUAAAGAAACAAAGGAAGAGAAAAAGACAAAACGAGAAAAGGGCUGGUAGACAUAUUUCCCCAUUUUAACGAAGGUCUUGCUCAGUUGGAAAUAAAGGUUGAAACAAAUAUUAAAGGAGCAGUAUGUUGUCAUCAAGAAAUAUACAAAGAGAAAAACAAAAGAUUCAAACAAGACUCGGUGCUUUUUUUCAAGAAAAAAACCUUCAACAUCCUCAUUCUCAACCCAAGAAGCAACACUCUUAUCAUCAAUGCAGUACAUCUUUAACUUAUAAAGUUUACAUGUUGGGUUUUGUUGUUGAACAGCCAUUAAGUUUUGAGAUUUGUAAAUUUACUCCUACAACUGCUGUGAUAAGCUGGCUACUUAAAUUUUGCACUCUGUUGUGACAAGGAGUUUUACUGUUUUUAAUUUAUUUUCUUUUGUAUGUGUAAAUUGUGCACUUUUUUAUGAAUAAUAAGAUGUGUUUGACAAGCAA